UUUGACAGUUGCAGGUCUGGCUCUGAUCCUCCAGUCUGAUCCUUCAGUAGACUUCCUCAGUGGGACAGAGACCAUGGCUGCUGCUGCUGCUGCUGCCUGCGGCCAGCACAGCGCUAUGCUCCCCGCACUGAGCGGCAAGAAGACCCACACGGGCCGGGACCACAGCCGGAGGACCCGGGAGAACUCUCGGAGGAGACAGGCUGCUCUGCUGUUCCUCAGUAACAUCUCUCUGGACGGACGGCCGGUCCAGAGUGCUGAACAUGCGGGGAACCGACCCCCCAAAGAGACUGACUUCGAAGGAGGGAACCAGGGAUUAACAGGGACCGGGUUAUCCCCAGACCUGUGCUACGGGACCUUCUCCAGUUCCCCCGUGAGCUCAGGGACGGUCCAGCACAACCCAGCAGCGAGGACCGGACUCCUCAACAUCGUCCCCCCGAUCCUGGUCCUGCCCUCGGACACGGUCUACGAUGAUGAGGGCAGCGCUGAGGUUCUGCUGGACUGCCGCAGCGGCUCGUUCUCCUCACCGGGGAACAGCAACCUGCUAUCCCCGUCCCCGUCCAACACCAGCCUGCUGCCGUCCCCUCUGGGACCGAGGAAGUCCUCCACGCUGCUGUCGGUCCAGAGCUGUAACUCGGUGUCUUCAGAGCCGAGACAGAGGACUCGCAACCUCUCCGGCGGCUCUCCCAGACCUCGACACACCAAGAGAAUCAACUUCAAAAACAUGAAACAGUGCGACAUGAGAGGAAGCAGGAUUGUGUUGAUCUGCGCGAAGAGAUCUCUGUGUGCUGCCUUCUCUGUCCUUCCCUAUGGAGAAAGCUUCUACCUCAGUGACCCCACAUUAAAUCAUCCCAGGAGGAGGCACUCGUCUGGAAACAUCUCCACCACCCUGGAGAUGCUGCCGGGGCUUGAGGGCUUUCACCUGGACACGUACGGCAGGUCGGUGUCGUACGCCCAGUUCCUGUACCCCACUAACGCCCUGGUGAGGCAGAAGCCGGCGUCGGCCAGCGACCUGACGCUGCAGAUUCCUCAAUCCAGGAGCACACACAGCAUGGCGGGCCGGAGCUGCCCGCCCAGCAGACUUAACAGCACUGUGGGACUCGACCUCGGUCUGGAGGAUGUGACAGACUAUGACCCCAACCUCCUCAGUGACCCCCAGUGGCCCUGUGGGAAACACAAGCGGGUGCUGAUCUUCGCCUCCUACAUGACGACGGUGAUCGAAUACGUCAAACCGUCCGAUCUGAAGAAAGACAUGAACGAGUCGUUCAAGGAGAAGUUCCCUCACAUUAAGCUCACCCUCAGCAAAAUACGCAGUCUGAAGAGAGAGAUGAGGAUAGUCGGGGAGGAUUGUGGGAUGCAGCCCGUCACCAUUGCGAUGGCGUUCGUCUACUUUGAGAAGUUGGUUCUGCAGGGACGACUCAACAAACAGAACAGGAAGCUGGUGUCAGCAGCCUGCAUCCUACUGGCUGCCAAGAUCAGCAGUGACCUCAAGAAACAGGAGGUCAAACACCUUAUCGAUAAGCUGGAGGAGCGUUUCAGGAUCAGCAGACGGGAGCUGAUAACGUUCGAGUUCACCAUCCUGGUGGCCCUGGAGAUGGCGCUCUACCUGCCUGAGAGUAAAGUCAUGCCUCAUUACAGACGCCUGCAGCAGCAGCAGCAGUCGUAGCGGCGCGACACGAUGGCUCCUCCCCUCCAGGAACUCUCUGCACCUCUGAGCUCCACGCGGUGACGCACGGAUCCUCCUGCUCCUGCUGCGACACCAAAGCUCAUCCACACUGUGAUGGUAGGACGACGACAGGCCCGGUGGUGCCUGGAUCAACAGCACAGCAACACAGAGAGCUACAUCUCCCUCUUCUCUCUCCUAUACCAAAGUGACGACACACUGUGAUUGAUGGUUCAGCGGCAGGACUGACGCCUGGCUCAGCAGCGCCAACAAUCACCGGAGUACAGACUCAUCACGACCUCUCUGGAUCACGUCUGACUAGAAGGAAAUCUUUUAAUGAUGAAGCUGUCGCACCUCUCUGUGGAAGGACCGUCUCUUUGACAGGUUUAGCACCUUUGAGUCCUCCUUUCUAAAACGUCUGCAGACGAGAAGGGGAGUAAUAAUACUUCAACUUCUGUUCUCAAAGAAAGAAAGCUUUCCAAGUCUUUCAAAUCUGUGAGAAAACAACAAUCAGGUGCUCACAUGAACUUUUAAAGACAGUUUUUAAAAUCCUCUUUUUGCUGCUAAGCACAAAAACAUUCAAGAUUUGGCUCAUUUGUCAUUUGCAGACAAAUACAGAACAAGCGCUGCUCCCCACGCCUGCAGCAGUGUCCCAAAAAGGAACCAAUAUAUAUCUUAAAACGUCCUCCAAAAACAUCCCUGCUAAAAAUAUACCCUCCAUCAGCAGCAGUCUCAGCAGGGAAGCCCAGACACUCCUCUCCCCAGUCACUUCCCCCAGCUCCUCUGGGAGGAUACCGAGGCGUUCCCAGACCAGCUGAGAGAUAUAAUCUCACCAGCGUGUCCUGGGUCUUCCCCGUGGCCUCCUCCCAGACGGUCAUGCCCGAAGCACCUCCCCAGGGAGACGUCCUUGGGGAGGCAUCCUGACCAGAUGCCCGAACCACCUCAUCUGGCUCCUCUCCGGAGUAGCAGCGGCUCUACUUUGAGUCUGAGCUCCUGACCCUCUCUCUAAGGCUGAGCCCAGACACCCUGCAGAGAAAGCUCAUUUCAGACUUAGGACUGCAGGAGAGGAAGAGGACUGAUUCUUCACAUCAGCAUGAUGUUUAAAUCUCUAUGUGGGCACCUGGUUAUUGAAAAGAAACAUGCAGAAAUUUCAUGUUUAUCUGCAUCUCCAAAACAAAUCACAAUUGGGAACAUGCAGGUUAUGUGAGACUUGGAGUCCCAGGUGUCGUUAACUCUUCACAAAACUCCUGAGUAGGAUCUUUCAACCACGUCAAAAAAUGCACAUUUCAUCAAGUUUGUUCGAGAAUAGAAGGAAGUGACUGUUUGCAGAAAAUAAGAGAGCUUCUGAAGAGACUGCUGCAAACAAAGCUCUUGUACUGACCUCUGUGGCUGCAGGUCUCUUCAUCAGAGGUAUCUAACACCGCUCAGGUGAGCUGAAGUCUGAAAUGACAUGUUGUUUUGGUUUAAACAUGCAGACAGUCACUGAAGACAGAGCUGUUUCCUGUAUCUGACAAUCAUCUGAGUGCAUUUAAAGCAUUUAAAGUCAUCACGGCAUUCAGGCUGCAGCAGAGAUGCAUCAUCAACUGUCUUUUCGUGGAUGAUUUAAACACAAAAUCCAGAUUAAGGCGGUAAAUUCAGACAGUGAGGGGACUGACAGCAGCUUCCAGCACGUCCCCGCUCCUCUGUUCCUUCUCCUGACGUCCUCCUUGGACGCUCGCUCACAUGAUGUCAUGAAAUCAGCACUUUACCGUCCUGAUGUCACACCCUUCUCUCUCACGACUUCCAGACAGCCGCCUGUGAAUGAUCGGCUUCUUGUCUCGUGAGGACAUGCAACUCCUCCUCUCUCGCUCUGAUCGUACUUCACUCUGAAGAAGGGAAGCUGGAGGAAGAGUUCAGAUCUUUAAGUGCCUUGCUUGAUGUGUGAAGCGUCAUCAUUCCUUUUUCUGUCCUUCAAUGGAGGGAUUCAAACUCGUAGCUUCCCCCUCUCUCUCCUCCAUCACCCUGUCGUGUUGUUCUCCCUCUUCCUCUCUGGUGUGUUGUGGAUUCAGAGAAGUGAGGCAGUGAUGAAGAGCUCACACUACAUCAGAUCAAACCAACACUGCAGUCAGUGUCUCUGCAGGAUCUCCUUGAGGAAAUAUGCACAAGUGUGUUUGCACAAGUCCGUGAUGCUACUGUCCAACAUCCAGAAAAGAGGUCAGUUCAGCUGUUUUCUUCUUCUGUGGUGUUGAACGUCCUAAAAGAGGCAGAGGGUGGUAGCUAAAAAACACAGACUCUUAUAAGCAUCAGCAGCCGUUCUGAGAAUGGACUUUUUUUUUAAAGAGAUCUUAAAGUUUGAGGAGUCACAGUCUCUCAAGACAAAUGCUUACAUGCACAAUGAAUAUUUUUUCUCUGACUCUCUUAAAGAUGAAAUAAUCUGCCGGGUAAUCGAGGAAAUAAAAGCACAGGAAACAAAAGAUUCCUGCAAAGUGAACCAAGCGUCUUAAACUUUCGCUUUCACCGCAGAAAAACGAAAACAACAAGGAGUUUUUUUCAACUUUGGGAUUUGAUAAUAAAGGCUGAUUUAUACUU